AUCAAACACUUUAUAUAAGCAUUAUAUAAAUUUUCUGAAAUAUAUAUAUAUAUAUAUAUAUAUAGCACACAACUUUUACAGUAUUAUUGAAUUGUUUUAUAACAGUUAAUGUGUUUAACCUAUUAAGAAAUAAAAUGUUGUUUAUUUAAUUAAAGCCAUUAACAAUAUAAAUUUUAUAAAACAUGUCUUUAUUUCCAGCUUAUUCUGAAGAAAAUAAAUCUACAACAUCUAAUGAAUCAAACAAUUUUUUAAAAGAAAAUGAGUCAACCAGUUGGUUAUACAAUUCCAGUUGUUUAGAACAAAUUUCAUCUAAUAAUUUUAUUGAUGUCUCUUCAGAUUCUUCAGAUGAAACUUUUUACUUCCAUAAAGAAGAAACUUUAUAUACUACUAGUGUAAAAAAAGAAAAACUUACAUUGGAGGAAAAACAACCAUCUAUACAUAUUAAAAGAAAAAAAAAGGAUAAAAAAAAGAAUAUAUAUGAAAAAUCAGAAUAUGAGAAAGAUGUAAAAAAUGUAUAUUUUGAAGAUAAGUAUAAAGAUAAGGGAAAUUAUACUAUUAAAACACUUUAUUCUCGAAUUAGACCAUAUUAUAAUAUUAAAAAAUGUUCUCUUGGUUUUGUUUCUCACAAACAAUUGAAAAAAUAUAUUUAUGAAAGAUAUUAUGUAAAAAAUAUUGACUAUAUAGAAAAAAACAAGAAAAAAGAUACCAUUAUUAAAAGAGAAUCUAUUACCAAUUCAUUUAAAGAAGAAGAGAUCCCUUCAUGGCACAUUAAAUUAGAGGAAUUACAAAAAAUGAAAACUAAACAAUAUAAUGAAAAAUUAACAAAUAAUCCAAAUGAUAUUCAAUUAUGGAUUGAAUAUGUAGAAUUUCAGGAUACAUUAGGAUAUUUUCAACAAUAUCAAUCAACAAAAGAUAUUCAUAGAGCAAUAACAUUAAAAAAGUUAGCUAUUGUUGAAAAAGCUUUAGAAAAAAAUUUAGAAUCUACAAUCUUAUUAAAAUUAAAGUUAUCUCUUAUGGGAGAACUUUUACCUGCUGAUGAAUUUUCAAAACAGCUUGAAACCUUUGUCAAUAAAGAUUCAGGAAAUGUUACUUUAUGGCAAGAAUUUAUUAUGACUACCCAAGCUUCAGUAGCAAUGUGUACAGUGCCAAAAGUUUUAGAUUUAUAUUCAAAAUGCUUUUGUAUUUUAAAACAAAAAGCUAGGACAAAUCCUCGAGUAUAUGAUGAACGAUUAUUACAAAUGAUGUAUUGGUGUCUAACAUUUUUACGACAUACUGGACUUUGGGAACAAAUGUGGGAAACAAUGCGUUUAAAUCUCAUUCUAAAUCUUAAUUUAGAUAAAGAUAGUCUAUCUUUCAAAAAAACAAUAGAUGAAAAAAAAUUAAUUGGAAUGGAAGAAGUAAUAUUAAUGUCAAGAUUACCAUUAAAUCAAUUAUGGCAAAGAACAGAAUCAUUAAGAGAAAAUUGUCAUUGGAUUAGCGUCAGUAAAAAUGAAUUAGAUCUAGUUGGCGAUUCUCGAAGAUUUAUUUUACCAGAUGAUGUUGCAGAUUUUGUUCAUCCAAUACUUUCAAGAAAUUUAAAUUUUCGAAUGGCAAUUCAUACAUUACUCUUACUUAAAGUACCAUUAUUACCAACACGAGAUUAUAUGUUAAAGACAUUAACAUUAGAGGAAUUUGAUUGGAGUGUAGAAACUUCAGAAAUGUUGCUUCCAUUUGCUUGCCCUAUGGUAGGUGAAAUGAGUGGAUAUAACCAAAGAAAAGAAUUAUUAAAUGGCAUACUUGAAGGACAUUUAACAUCAGGUCCUCAAUAUCUUAUGUUUCAUCCUGCACAAGAAUCCUAUUUAGAUUUUAUACGCGAAAUAUUUUUUACAAUCGCUGAAAAUUUAUCUUCUAUGCAACGUACUAGUAUAUAUGUUUGGUGGUUAAGAUUUGAAAGAUUACUUAUCUUUCUUCAGAAAGAUGAUAUAUUAAAAUAUGAUAAUAAACGAAAAAAAUUAAAAACAACAUUGAAGGAAUUCUUGAAAAAAGAUGAAAAUAGAAAUAAUUUACAUUUUUACAGAGAAUAUGCAUUAAUAGAAAAAGAAAUGGGAAAAUUUGAUAAUUGUGUAAAUAUUUUAGAAAUGGCCAUUAAAUCACAAGAUACAUGUCCUUCUUUAAUUUGUAUUCCUGAAGAGAAAUCAGCACUAUUAAGUUUAUAUCGAACAUUUAUUGAAACUUUACUCAAUUUAGAAACUUAUAAGGAAACACAUAAAAUAUUAAUAUUAAAUUUAAUGAAACAAAUAAUACCAGAAACAAAUGAAAAUCAAUUAUUACAAGUAGAAAAAUAUUUAGAAAAUUGUGUACGAACUUUUUUACAAGAAGAUUCUUUUGAAAAUGAAGAAAAUACAUAUUUUCUACCAAAUUAUAAAUGUGAUACAAUUGUAUGCUAUGCAUAUUUAUUAUACAUACGAGAUCAUGAUAUUAAUAAUAUAACAAAUAUAUUUAAAAAUUGCAUAAAUCAUUACAAGAACCAACAUUAUAUACAAGAAAUAUUGCAAGAAAGUCAAAUAGCACUUUUACAAUUACACUGUAAACAAAUUCAAAAUGAAAGUCUUUUAAAAAUAAAAUUAGAUGAUAUGCUAAAUUUAUAUCCAAAUAAUUUUUUUGCUCUUUCAGUAUUUGCAUGUAUUGAAAGUGAAUUGCCCAUAUGGAAAAGUAAUAGUCGAAUGACAAAACUUCAAUUAUGGAAAGCAUUUGCUAUGUGCUUAGCAAAUCGAAAACGUAUUCAUAAGUUACAAGAGCUUAAAGAUUAUGUUAGUAUGAAUGCAGCAAUUAAUAAGUUACUCUAUUUUCAUCAAACACUUGCAAAAAUAUCAACAAUUAAAAAUUGUCCCCUAUUAUGGAGAUUAUAUAUGCUUCUUCUUAGAGAAUAUAACUUAUGUGAGAAAAAAGGAGAAGAAGUAUAUCACGAAAGUGUUGCAUUAUGUCCUUGGGCUAGAAGUAUUUAUAUUGAUGCAGCUGAAGUUGCACCUCAACUUCUUACACAAAUUCAAGAUAUGAUACGGGAAAAGGAAUUAAGAAUGCAUGUUACCCCAGAAGAAUUAGAUAUUUUACGUGGUUAAUUGCAAUUACAAUUAUGUAUUUUUAUAAUUAAUUUUAAUAUUAUUUGUUUAAUUAAUAAUUUAUGUAAAUAAUACUUUUUUCAUGUAUAUAUGUAUAUAUAUAAAAAUUUUAUAAAAAAAUACAGAUUUUAUUAAAAAUAUAAAUUAUAUAAUUA